GAAAGUGUCCGACUUCUUAUUACCUUUAGAAAAUUAUCCCAUCUAUAUAUUAUCUCUUUUUUCUAUUGGCAGCAUUGGAAGAAACAAACGAUGCUUGUGGCAACAACGUAUACACUUAUUCAAGUAUCACGCGUUCAUUGCAUUUCUCUGAGGAUGACCUUAUUAAUAUAUUUUCAUACAAAUUAAAAAUUUACUAUCGUAAAUUUGCAAAUUGUUAUCCUAUGUUAUUCUCUUAGUGCUUUUAUGUUAGUUAUAUUUGUAUGUGCUGCGACACACGGUUAACUCCGAGUGAAUACUCAACAACUGCUUUAAUCUUACGGGGUGUGAAUUUGUGCAUCGAAUUAACGAUUGACAUUAAAUAUUUUUAAAAGGGAAAACAUUCGAAUGAAAUAUUUUAAUUGUUAGUAUAUACAAUAUUAGAAGUAUUUAUUUUUAAAUGCUUGUUUUUUUUUUUUUUUUUAAAUCCGUUAGUUGUAAAUAUGGACGAAUUAGGGGAGCGGACGAAGCGAUAAAUCUCUACAAGUAAUGCACUCAAAAUGACAACCGUUGGUAAUAAAUCAGGAGAUACAACUUUUUAAUUGUCCAAUAACGGAAACAUAUAUGGGAUCAAUAUGGCACGAAAGCGUAAACACGAAGUUAAAACAUCUGUAAAAUCAUCUCCCAAAUAUACCCCCGUUAGAAAGUCUAGCAGACAGAUAGCUAAGAAACAAUUGGAAGAGAGUAAGAUUAACGGAAAGAUAUCCAAAACGUCUUUGUCCAAUGUUACAGAAGAAUCAAGGAACGUUGAAGAAACAGAAAAUCGAUUGGAUUCUAAAAAGAAUCAAAAUCUACAUAGAAAAUAUAAUAGUCAUAAAAAUUUAUCUAAUAGCGAUGACGUAUUAACAAACGAUAGCAUAUGCAGUAUUUACAAAAGAGAAGACGAAGAAAGCGACAGCCAAGAUGGAUUGGAUAAUCUAUUGGAUCAAUCGGAUAAACUUAGUCCAGAAGAUGUACGUCAAAUGGUAGUUGGUAACACGACAGAAACUAACGAAACCAAAUUGGAAUCAUCUGUGUCGAACGAAGUAGAAGUAUGGCCAGAAGCGGUAAUAGAAGAAAUAAUAUGCGAAGAAAUGGAAGUAGAAACCGAUGGUACUGGCAUAACCACUUAUAACACUUUAAAACCAGAUAGUGAUAUGGUGGUCGAACAAGUGCUACUAAUGAAUAAGGCUAACUUAGGAGAAGAUAAUUUUGUAGAAUAUACAGUCAUCAAAAAUGAAGACUGCGUUGAAUCUAUGAUAAUAGAGUCUAAUGUAGAAUGUGGUACGUCCAGUAAUGAAUAUCAAAUUAUUCAGAACGGUAUGAAUAAUUUACAUAUGACUGCGGAGGAUAAAUCUACGAGUAGCAGUACUGUAUCUUACAAAAUGACGGAUUCCAAACGAGAAUGUAAUAAAGUAGCAUACGAUUUAGAUAAUAAUUCUACUAAUAAUAAAAUGACUACCUUGUUAGAUCAUGCAAAUAGUACUUACACAAAUAACAGAACAGUCGAGGAUGUUAAAACGAUGGAAUCAUUUAAAAAUAAGUACGUAGGUAAAGAUCGGAUUAAUAUUCGGAAAGGAGAAUCUAAUGUUUCAAAUGACGAUACUAGAAAAAUAAGCAAUAAUUAUGUAUCUAAAUUAUCAUCUAAGCAAGAUUCUAAAGAAUAUCAAAGGGGAAUCGUUAAAGAAGAUAAUAAUUGUAAAUCGGAUAAAUCUAAUACCGUGGAACACAAUCAGUGUUCUAAGGAAAUAGAAAAAUUAGUUAAUGAUUUGUGCAGUGUAGAAAGUGUUAAUUCGCCAGUAGAAACGUGUAUAAAUGUACAGAAGAUAUCAUUAGUUAAUGAAGACGACGAAAGUAGUUCAUCAAUAUUAGACAAAAUGGAACAAUUACAUCGUUCGGUUAAUUGUGAGUCUAAUACAGAUACAAUAUAUGUUUAUCAGAAAUCAGUGGAAUGUGUUUUGAACAAUCAACAACAAAGUGUCUUAAAGUCGGACAAUUUUACAGAAAGUGUAGGAUGCGCGAACGAACUACCAUUGAAUUGUAGAAAUUUACAGAAAAAGAAAACUCAUCAGAAACCUACAGAUCAUUUACAAAAUAUUGAUGAUGCUUGUGCGGACAGUGAAGCAGAUAGUAAAGUAGAUAGUGAAGAUAUGAAAUUAACUAGUAGCGGUGAUAGUAGUAAUGACACGUUAUUGUCAGUUAAUAAUUAUAAAAUACCAGAUACCGAUACAAAAGGUGCUUCUAAUAAUAUCAACGAUGCCGACAAAAAGAUUGAAUUUAGAAGCCGUAGCGGUAGCACAGAUACUACUGGUUCUGAAAGCGGAUCUAACAGUUCCGGUGUAAGAAGAAGUAAUAGAAUUCGUACUAUAGGUUUAAUGAAACAAAGAUCUCGAGGUCGUGGUUUGGUAACCAAAUCAAAUACAGAUAUAUUGAAAUCUAAUUCGACGCAGGAGAAAGAUAAAAUAGCUACCAAUAUGACUACUACUUCUUUAGAAUCAAAAAUCAAUUCGGAGGGACAAUCUGAAAUUCAAUGCGACAAGGAAAAUAAUGUCAAUAAAAUGCAAACAACGCAUGAUUCUCUUGCACCUUUAGUUGCAAAUUUCAAUACUUCUGGUUAUAAUUCGGAUUCGUUGAAACCGGUCAAAGUUAAAUCUAGAUGGCGAAGAUCUAGCGAACUUGAAAUGGGAGGAUCUAGUUCGUCCAUCUCUGGAACGGGAUUUGAAUUUUCCAAUGCUAUUACGUCUGAAUUAUUAACACACAUAACAACUAAAUCCAAUAGUGGUCCUUCAGGAGAAUCUGGAUCCUUGGAACGUGGAUCCACAGUUGUAUGUACAUCAAUGAAUGUACAAUCUUAUCCAGAAAUAAAACAGGAUGGAGAGGAAAAUCUAGAAAAUAAUUCUUCUGUUAAUUCGUCUACAACGCAGGUUUCUAAAAUUAUAGGAACAAAGGCAAACCCGUUAUUAACCAUUGAUUCCAAGGAUAAAGAAAUGGAAGAAAGAUUAAGUCAGUUUGAAUAUUUACGUGAAAAUUUAUAUCUCACAGAAAGGUACACCAACAAAGAAACCAAAAGAAUGGUAUGCGAUUGUUUCCUUACGGAAGAAGAAAUAGAAAGAGGCGAACUUGGUUGUGGCGAAGAUUGUCUCAAUAGACUUCUCAUGAUAGAAUGUGGAUCCAGAUGCGUGGUCGGUGAUAGAUGCACAAAUAAAAGAUUUCAAAACUGUGAUUACGCUAAGUGCGAGGUCUUUCGUACAGAAAAAAAAGGAUUUGGAUUACGGGCAGCGCAUGAUUUAGAUGUAGGAGAAUUUAUAAUGGAAUACGUAGGAGAGGUUGUAGAUCCAAAAGAUUUUCGUCGUAGAGCUAAAGAAUAUUCCAAAGAUAAGAAUAGACAUUAUUAUUUCAUGGCUUUAAAAUCAGAUCAAAUAAUAGAUGCCACUAUGAAAGGGAAUAUUUCACGUUUCAUUAAUCACAGUUGCGAUCCAAAUGCAGAAACACAAAAGUGGACGGUAAAUGGAGAAUUAAGAAUAGGAUUUUUUAUAAAAAAGUUUAUAACAGCCGGUGAAGAAAUAACUUUCAAUUAUCAUUUUCAACGAUAUGGAAAGGAAGCACAAAAGUGUUUCUGUGAAGCUCUCAAUUGUUGCGGUUGGAUCGGUGAUACACCCGAAGAAGAAAAAGAAAAGAUUGAGAAGAAGGAAAAACGUGAGAAAGAUUCGAGAAAGAAAAAAGAAGAGAAGAAACCGACGGAUUAUAUGGAGGACGAAGACUUGGAAGAAGAAAUAGACAAAUUGUGUUCAGGUGGAUUGAAAAAUCGUGCACAUACUUUAACGCUGAGUCGUUUGAUGGUUCGCAGUAGAGAAUUGAAACAUAGAACGUGUCUAUUACGUUUAAUACAAAGCGGAGAACAACCAUGUAGAAGAUUAUUCUUAGAUUAUCACGGUCUUCGUUUAAUAUGGAGCUACGUUUUGGAUAUUGCUGAGAACGAGUCGGAAGAAGCGCAACUGUUUCGUCUGGAAAUACUGAAAACUUUAAAUACACUGCCAAUACCUAACAAAACAAUGUUAAUGGAUAGUAAAAUUUAUGGUGUAGUAGAAAAAUGGGCUAAUCGAUUAUAUUUGUCACCGAGCGAUGAAUCACCUGAAGAUGAUCAAAGUAAAGUCAAGAGAUUGCCCGAAGAAAAUAACAGUUGUUACAAUGAUGCUGGUACUAAAAAAAUCAUUGACAAUUUGAACAACAUUCCAAGCAUAACCGAGAAUAGAGUUGAAAAUUCACAAUUGAAUGAAAUUAAAUCUGAAAAUACAGAUCAAUCUCUUAUUCCUGAAUUAGCGUCAACGUUAUUGGUUGAGUGGUCUAAUCUUAAAGAGGUCUUUAGAAUACCGAAAAAAGAAAGGAUCGAACAGAUGAAGGAACAUGAAAGAGAAGCAGAUCGUGGAUAUAGAGAAGAGCUUGAAAAAGAUGAAAAAGCUGGAACAUCUUAUGAAAGACAAAGGUCUGAUAGAUACGGAAGAGUGGAAUUAGACAAACGUACGGACAGAAGACGAGGAAGAGAAUCUCCAGAUUUCGAACAUAAUAAUAGAACAAAGGAUAAGAAAGUAGAAGAAAGAAGUAGUUUAGUUCCUAUACCAAGGAUGACAAAAUACGAACGUAGACAAUUGUUUGCAUUAAAAGUAGCUAAAGAAGAAGAAGAGAGACAACGUCGUCAACAACAUGAUUCGUGGCAAGAACACGAAUCGAGAUGUUUAGCUUUGGGUAUAGAUCCGCAUUCUACUGCUAUGUUAGAUCCUCAAACUGGUUAUCCGGUAUUUUAUAAUCCAACUCUUGGCCAAUGGCAACAUUAUUCUGCACAAGAAGGAGGUGAUAUUGCACAACAAUGUACUCCUACAUGUGUCGGAGGAAAUCAAUCUCUUUCCACUCCAAAUGCUUUGGUAUCGCAAAAUCCUCAUUCAUUACAAUCAACGUUAAAUUCAGAAAUAUCAACCGGUAUAACUGGUACUACUGCCGUUCCUUCCAGUGUACCACCUGUAGUAUAUUCCUUAAAUCAACCACCUGCGUUUAAUCAAACGCCAACAUAUUCUUUACUUUCGCAUCAUCAACAAUAUACCGAAAAUCAUUUGCCUAUCGCAAGCAACUUAGUACCGGUUCAUAGUGUUACACAACCGAUUUCUAUUCAAUCGCAAUCUCUUUACAUCGAUAAAACAACUAACUCUCAACAGUUUCCUGUUGUUAACGUUUCUAAUAAUGAUACUACUAAUAAUCAACAAUCACAGCCAGAAAUACCACCGAUUGAUUUGCCACCUAAAUGGAAAAGCGCAAUAGAUGGUAGAGGUAGAAGAUAUUAUUAUCAUAUUAAAGAAAGAAUAUCGCAAUGGUUACCACCGCCACCGGAUCACAUAGGAGUCCAACCGGAUUCAUCGUCUAGUUCUGAAUCCAGCGACGAUUCGACAUCUUCUAACGAAGAUGAAGAGGAUAUUGAGGAUGAAAAUAUCGAUAAGAAAGAAGAUGAUGUAUUAUUAGAUGUCGGUGGUAAUACGGAUAAACGUAAUUCUACGAAGAAAGUUAAUCUAUAUAAUAAUCCUGUCAGUUCUACCGUAUUUCCUGAAACUAAAAAACGAAGAGACGGUUUGGUACAAGAAAGGAUCAUUAGUCCAAGAAGAGAGGAAGAUCGUAUCGGUCAUAAGACGUAUAAAGAAUUGAAAGAAAAAUUAAGAAGACAGAAGGAAAGAGCGAGGCUUAAAAUGCAUGUAGAUAAAUUCAGGAAACAUAGGCGUAGUAAUAAAUCUAAAAUUCAUUCGAGACAUUGGUUAAACAAAACCCAAUCAACCUCGUCAGAUUUCACCAGUAUGUCGGAAAGAAAGAUCAAGGAUACUUUUAGAAUAAAUAUGGCCAACGUAAUGGUACAUUUCUUAAAUCCGUACAGAAAAAAUGAUUGCAAACAAGGUCGAAUAACUAAUACGGAAGAUUUUAAACAUUUAGCGAGAAAGUUAACGCAUUUCGUAUUAGCAAAAGAGCUGAAACAUUGUAAAAGCGUGGAUGAGUUACAAUGUAACGAAAACGUUAAACACAAAGCUAAAGAUUUUGUGCGCAAAUACAUGAGUAAAUUUGGGGCGGUAUAUCAAAAGGGAACGGACGAAGAUUAACUGUUUGUACAUGUACGAAAUGAAAAUUGUUAUUUAUUAUAUGCCAACUUUAUCCUGAACGUUAUCGGUUCCUUAUAAAUAUAUCUAUAUAUAUAAAAAAAAAAAAGAAAAAAAAGAAACGAAAAAAAAAAGAAAAAAA